UAGUCAGCUUCCAUUGAUUUUUUUUUUUUUUUUCGCUAGGGUUUUAGCUGCCGUCAAUGGGUAGCAGAGUUCCGGUGGAGCACUACAGUUUGACAUCCGCCGCCGCAAAUUCCUACAUCGGAAACUCCUUGAACGACCUCAAUUCCGGCGACGAUGACACGGAUCCAGCCGCCGAUGACGUCACCGACGAUAACGACGAUCGGUCCUCUGCUAUCGUCAGUGACUGUAUGCACGAGGCUUACGGGAACUCUUUACCACUUCACAACAUGCGAGUGGAGGAUGAUAGGAGCAGUCUUGGAAAUAAUGGGUCUUCAAGCGGUCCAUACUCUAUUUUGACAGUUGAUGAUCUCUCCCCAAUUGAAACAGCUAGAGCAAGAUUUUUGGACAUCAUUGUAGAUGGUUUUAUUGAUUCGCAUGUGAUCGAAAAAUCGGAUUACGAGGCUGAUUACAUGGUGCAACAAUCCUCCCAAUAUAACACAAGCAAGAGGAAGUCCAGAGAGAUUCGACAUGAAGGCGACGAACGCUAUGCUCUGCCCUUAAUGUAUAUCGCAAACAUGUAUGAAACAUUAGUUAAUGAAGUCAACAUGAGAUUAUCAUCGAUGAGUGGUAUGCGUGAAAAGACCAUCGGCGUAGCCCUUGAAGCAGCAGGUGGACUGUAUAGGAAACUCGCAAAGAAAUUUCCAAGGAAAGGUUCUUGCGUGUAUAAGAGGAGGGAGCUAGCUACUUCUUUUGAAACAAGAUCAAAGUUUCCCGAGUUAGUGAUACAGGAGGAAAAACGUGUUCGUUUCGUGGUGGUAAAUGGAUUAUCUAUUGUUGAAAAACCAACAAAAAUUGGUGUAGAUGACGCUGAGUGGUUCAAAAGAUUGACUGGACGGAAUGAAGUUGCUAUUUCUGCUAGCGACUACAAGUUUUAUGCUCCAAGACACAAGUACAGGCGUGGCAUAUCGAAUUCCAUUUCCAGCAUACCUGGUUUGCCUGCAUUCUCUAGUCCUGAAAAUUCUUCUUCGAUGAGUACUUCUCAAGGCUAUCGCCCAGCAAACGAUAAUACCGAGCAGACUCCACCGAAGCAACAUAUGCAAACACUGGGACAUCAAACUCAGUUCCAUCCUAUGCACCAGAGUCAUCAUAUGAAUCAAAAUCCACACGCAUCUCUGUAUAUGCACAGCCAACAGUGUGUUCCUCCACCUCAGUUGCCUGAAAUUACUCACAACCAGCACUCGGCUAUGGCCCAACAUAUAGCUUGUCUACAGUCUCAUACUCAUGUCGGAGGGCGUCUGCAUGUAAUGCCGAGUAGUCCUGCAAAGUUCUGCGAUGAAUGUGGAGUUCCUUACCUAAGGGAAACAUCCAAGUUCUGCUCGGAAUGCGGUACUAAGCGAUUAGGAACCUGACCGAUGUACGUCUCUUUUCUCCCAUGUCAAAUGUAUAUUUUUCCUUUGUACUUGUGUAUUGCUGUGUAAAUUAAAUCCUAUAUUUAUCUGUAAUUGAAUGUUGUGGCCCGAUUUUUUUUUCUCGUGAUU